GCUAACUUGCAUAGCAAAAGUCCUCUAGCUUAAAUGGUGUAUCAGGCUAAUGUUUAUAACAAUUGGCUAAUUUGCAUAGUAAAAGUCCGCUAGCUUAAAUGCUAUAUACUGUAAUGCUAAUGUUUACAACAAUUGGCUAACUUGCAAAGCAAAGGUCUGCUAGCUGAAAUGCUGUUUCAUGCUAAUGUAUACAACAAUUGACUAAUUUGCAUAGCAAAAGCCCGCUAGAUGAAAUGCUAUAAAAUGGUAAUGUUUACAACAAUUGGCUAACUUGCAUAGCAAAAGCCCGCUAGCUGAAAGGCUGUAUAAUGUAGGGUGACCAUAUUUUGAUUUCCAAAAAAGAGGACACUCGGCCCGGCCUUGAGAUACUUGAAUUUUACUCAAAGAUUACUCAAAGAUGCGUAUAUCUCCCACUUUUUUUUUUUUUUUUACUCAACAGGCUUUAUUCUUCCUAAAAAAAAAUAAUCAAACAAUAAAAUAAAAAAAGAAUAAUUAUUAAAAAAAAUAAUGCAGACUCAUGAAAAUGUAGUCCAAUUAAUAUACACACACACAGUUGGCUAUGUGCCAACUCAACAUUUUUUUUAAAUUACGAUCACGACGAUUGUCGUUGACAAAAUGUUAUUCCCACUCAAUUUUUAUUCUCAUACAAUGUUCUAAAUUGUACGCAAACAAUAACUGAAAUAAACUGACAAGCGAUUCAACCAGCAUGUUUCCAAACUUAGCAGUUCAAAUGCAAAACUACAUUGCCCAUAAUGCCUAGCGCAGCUGAGCUCACUGAUUGCUACCCUAUUAGCGAAUACGGGAGCCGAGGCAAAAUCAGACUUUGCUAUAAAAGUUUACUACCAUCGGCAGCGCAAAAAUGCGACAACAAACGGGAUUUUACAGAUUACACCAGUACAAAUCUCCGACAGAAGUCAACAGUUGCCAUUAUAUCCGCAUUUAUCGUAAAAAAAAAAACUCAUAAGCAACACUGCUAUUUAGCUAUACUAGCAUUCAACCACUAACUAACGCAGAACAAUUACAAGACUCAUACAAUAUACUGCAUCUCUGUGUACACAUAUAACCCUAUGUACAACAGAAGACACGUGAUCGACAUUAACAGGAGAAACUUAAAGGUGCAUGGAGCCACGUCUUUUAGAACUUCUUAUUGAACUCCUUACUGUAGUCUGAGCUCUCAUCAAACCGUCAGUAGAUGGUGGUAAUUCACCAUGAAACAAAGGGUGAACUGCCAACAAAAAAGAAGAAGAUCUACUCCUUCUCCCGCCCCUACUAGUAGGAGCAACGUCAACGCAGGCAAGCGCUGCCCCCUAGCGGCUGGAGAAAUUCUCUUCAAGUUGGUCCCGUAAAAAAAAAUCAUAAAAACCGGACAUUUUUAUGAAUUUAUAAAACCCGCCCGGACAACGAGGAUACUGCGUGAAAGUAGGACUUGUCCGGGCAAAAGAGGACUUUUGGUCACCCUAGUAUAAUGCUAAGGUUUACAUCAAUUCGCUAACUUGCAUAGCAAAAGUCUGCUAGCUGAAAUUCUGUAUAAUGCUAACGUUCAAAACAAUUUGCUAACUUGCAUUGCAAAAGUCUGCUAGAUUCAACGCCAAAUCGUGCAAAUGUUUGCAACAAUUGGCUAAAUUGCAUCGCAGAAGUCUGCUAGCUGAAAUGCUGUAUCAUGCUAAUGUUAACAACAAUUGGCUAAAUUGCAUAACAAAAGUCUGCUAGCUUAAAUGCUAUGUAAUGAUAAUAUUUACAACAAUUGGCAAACUUGCAUAGCAAAUGUCUGCUAGCUGAAAAUCUGUAUAAUGCUAACGUUCAAAACAAUUGGCUAACUUGCAUAGCAAAAGUCUGCUAGAUUCAACGCUAUAUCGUGCGAAUGUUUGCAACAAUUGGCUAAAUUGCAUCGCAAAAGUCUGCUAGCUUAAAUGCUAUGUAAUGAUAACGUUUACAACAAUUGGAUAACUUGCAUAGCAAAAGUCUGCUAGCUGAAAUGCUAUAUGGCUAAUUUGCGUUGCAAAAGUCCGCUAGCUUCAAAGCUAAUGAUGCUAAUAUUUGCAAAAAUUGGCUAACUUGCAUAGGAAAAGUCUGCUAGAUUCAACGCUAUAUAAUGCGAAUGUUUGCAACAAUUGGCUAACUUGCAUGGCAAAAGUCUGCUAGCUUAAAUCCUAUACGAUACUAAUGUAUACAACAAUUGGCUAACUUGUAUAGCAAAAGUCAGCUAGCUUCAAUGCUAAUGAUGCUAAUAUUUGCAACAAUUGGCUAACUUGCAUAGGAAACGUCUGCUAGAUUCAACGCUAUAUAAUGCGAAUGUUUGCAACAAUUGGCUAACUUGCAAAGCAAAAGUCUGCUAGCUUAAAUCCUAUACAAUACUAAUGUAUACAACUAUUGGCUAACUUGUAUAGCAAAAGUCUUCUAGCUGAAAUACUAUAGAAGAAAAACAAGCGCUUUUCAUUGUUUGGUGAAUUGGAAUAAGUUUAGCAUUAGUAGACGUCAUUUCUGGGUCACUUCCUGUUGAUUUUGGGCAACUGAAAAAGUAGCGACUUGUAAAUGCCCUAAAGAACAGAAUGUUAACAAUUAAUGCCCCCAAAAAUCGGUAAAAAUGGUUCCGAAUUCGCUAGUUCAAGAUGAACGAACAUUAGUCAGCCCCUCCCAGUCUAAACUAGUGGAAGUUUUUCUUUUUUUCUUUUUCUAAACAGUGACAACUUUGACAUAGCUUUACAUGAGUGUAUAUUAUUAUUCUAUUAUUGAGUUUUAACAUUAUUCGCAACUCUGAUUUUGUGACUUGUGCAAUAAUUGUAACAUGUAUUUGUUACAUGUAAAGAUUUAUGUCUGAAUUUUGUGGGGCUUGGAACAGAUUAAGUAAUUUACAUGGAAAAUGCUUCCAUACAUAAAGAAUUUUCAAGUUACGAAACUACUUGAAUUUUGUAAGUAGAGGUACCACUGUACUCUUUGAAGCAGAAAUUACCCCUCAAAAUGACUUCUUGCUGUGUGGAAAAAAAACAAAAGCUGGUGUGAUAAAGGAAGAGAGCAAAAUGGAAAGAGGUGUUUGUGGGGGGGGGGGGUUCAAGGUUAAACGUAGAGGGAGAUCCGUCAGUGUUUGUUUCCUCAGGAUGUGGUUACCACGACGACGCCGAAAAGGCAGAGCGGCAGCAUCACUACAUUUGUUCUGACACCUGUCUUUCGUUUAAGCGUGUAAUAUGCAACAGAACGACGUAUGCGGUUGACUGUAUAGGAAAAAGCUGGCCUUUUUGCCUUAGUUCUGCGUGACGCUGGGGUUGUAUUCGUCGUCGAUGCGUACAAAUUUUGAGCCCCCGCGUCGAGAGGACGGCGGCAAAUCAGGAGAUCGGCGCAUGAAAUCAGGUAAAAACUGAGAAAUGCUUACAUUUUAAUAACAAGCACGUAAAUGAUAGUUGAUUGGAGGUAGAUUUGUGUCUUCAUUCAAUCAAAAAAAUGCAAAAAUUGACACUCAAAAAAAUGCAUUUGAAAACUUUCAAGUUUUUUAAAAUUUUUUAAAAUUUUUUAUAUUGAAACAACUUUUUACAGUUGAAGUAAGGUUUUGCAUUUGGGCGACAUUUUGGCUAGGACAUUUGUGUCUUAUUCAAUCAAAAAAUAACUUGCUUCAAACAAUUUUCAAAAGAAUCACUUCAAAAGAAAAAUUUCAGUCGGAAAAAAGUUUUUCAAUGUGAAAAAAUAUUUGAGACUCAAAAAUGUCUAUUCGAACACAAUUUUUCAUUGAAAAUGUUUUCUUUUGAUUGAAGCAAUUAUUUUUGUGUUUGAGCCAUAUUAUGGGGAGAACAUUUGUGUUGCAAUCAUUCAAUCCCCCAAAAUGUUGGCCCAAUCAAAAAUAAAAAACAUUUUCAAUCCAUGACAAAAUGGUUUUUUUUUUUUCCCUUCCAAAAAAACUGAAAAACAAAAUUUCCGUCUCCUUUUUAAUUAAAAAAAAAAAAAAAAACAUUUUAUUUGAAAAAAAAAAAGUAUACCAGAAACUGCAAUUUCUUGAGAAAUUACUCUGGGUCUUUGCUGUGUGGAGAUACAGAUCUUGGCCCCCCCGCCCAGGUUGGCUUGGGGACAUUUCGGGGGCAAUAUCAGGUCACUUCCCUUUGAUUUGGGGAAAUUUCAGGGACAUGUCCAGGUCAUUUGGGGGGCGGGUCCUGGACACAUCGGGUCAUUUGGGGGCAUGUCGUGGUCAUAUCUGGUCAUUUCCAGUUGUUUUGGGGACAUUUGUUUUUUGCCAUUGAAAAUGAAUGGGGAAAUUUGGACGUCCAUGGCCGUCAAUGGCAUCGAAAUCUAUAUGCGUCAAUGGAAUCUAAGUACAUGGGCAUAAAUAGAAUUGAUAUACAUGGCUGUCAAUGGCAUCUGUCUAAAUUGGCUUCAAUGCAAUGUAAAAGCCACUGGAAAUGAAUGGGAAAUUUGGACGUCAAUGGCGUCGACUUACAUAUGCGUCAAUGGAAUCCAAGUACUUUGGCAUCAAUAGAUUCGACAUAAAUUCCAUUGGAAGUGAAUGGGAAAGUUCCCAUUAAAAAUGUUUCUGGACCCAUAAAUUUUCCAAUUUCUGUACACAGCUUUUAUUCCCCUCACUAUUCCGGAAUUUUUGAUGCCCAAGUAUGUGAUUUGGUCAAGGAUUUGCAAGGCAAAGACCAAGAUACUAACAGAUUCUCUACAUUCUUUUACAAAUCCAAAUUUAUGGACAAAUCUUGUCCAGGGGUCAUGUAAGCAUAUUAUAACGAAGGCUUCAUGCAGCCGUAUUGAAUCUGCAAGAAUACUCUAAACCAUGUCGCAAGGCGACCACAAGAGGGCGCUUUAGGACGGCACAAAAAACCCCUCCUGUAAAACUUAACCAAAAGGCCGAAUACACACUCAAUGUAACUUUUAGCGUUAGCUUAGCAUUCGUGUUAGCAUUAGCCUUUAGCAUGACGAGCGUCUUCUAAUUUCCAAAGACCUAGAUAGUGUUAUUCUGGUUUUGUUUGAAUGGGAUUUCUUUGGCGAAUUUCCAAUGGAGUUUACAUCGCAUUGAUGCCAUUCACAGCCAUGUAUGUCGAAUCUAUUGAUGCCAAUGUACUUGGAUUCCAUUGACGGAUAUGUAAUUCAAUGCCAUUGACGGCCAUAGACGUCCAAAUUUCCCAUUUUCAAUGGCAAAAAAAAACAAAUGUCCCUAAAUCAACUGGAAAUGAAUAGAUAUCAAUAGGACGUGUCCCCCAAAUGUCCCUGAUUCCAUUGACACAUAUGGAAGUCGAUGCCAUUGACGCCCAUGGACGUCCCAAUUUCCCCAUUCAUUUUCAAUGGCAUUAACAUUAAAUUGAGGCCAAUUUAGUCAGAUGCCAUUGUUGGCCAUGUAUAUCAAUUCUAUUGAUGCCAAUGUACUUUGAUUCCAUUGAUGCAUAUGGAUGUCGAUGCCAUUGACGGCCAUGGACGUCCAAAUUUACCAUUCAUUUUCAAUGGCAUUCACUUUGUUUAAUGCCAUUGAUGGCCAUGUUUGUUGAUUUCAUUGAUGCCAAUGUACUUGGAUUCCAUUGACGCAAAUGUAAGUCGAUGCCAUUGACGGCCAUGGACGUCCAAAUUACCCAUUCCUUUUCAAUGCCCCCCCCCCCAAAAGUCCCUAAAUCAACAGGAUAUGACCAGAUAUCAAUAGAACGUGUCCCCCAAAUGUCUCAGAUUCCAUUGACGCUGAUGGAAGUCACUGCCAUUGACGCCCAUGGACGUCCAAAUUUCCCAUUUUCAAUGGCAUUCACUUUGUUUAAUGCCAUUGAUGGCCAUGUUUGUGCAUUCCAUUGAUGCCAAUGUACUUGGAUUCCAUUGACGCAAAUGUAAGUCGAUGCCAUUGACUGCCAUGGACGUCCAAAUUACCCAUUCAUUUUCAAUGGCAAAAAAAAAGUCCCCAAAUCAACAGGAAAUGACCAGAUAUCAAUAGGAAGUGUCCUUCAAAUGUCCUUAAAUGACCUGAUAUGACUGGGACACAUCCCCUAAAUGUCCCCAUUGACCUGAUAUGACCAGGACACGCCCCCCAAAUGUCCCCAAAUGACCUGAUAUGAUCAGGACACCCCCCCAAAUAUCCCUAAAUUAUCAGAUAUGACCAGGAAACGCCCUCAAAAUGUCCCCAAAUGACCUGAUAUGACAUGGACAUGUCCCCGAAAUGUCCCCAAAUCAAAUGAAAGUCACCUGAUAAUGUCCCCAAACCGACCUGUGCAUCAAAAAUUCCGGGACGGUGAGGGGCAUUAAAGUUGUAUACAGAAUUUGGAGAAAAAAAUUACGGUUCCCUGGAAAUUUGCCCAAAACUUUCCCAUUCAUUUUAAAUGGAAAAUUUCCCACUCACCUCUAAUGGAAUUCCAAUGGCGUUUAAAUUGCAUUGAUGCCAUUGACGGCCAUGUAUGUCGAAUCUAUUCAUGCUAAUGUACUUGGAUUCCAUUGACGCCUAUGUAAAUCGAUGCCACUGACGACCAUGGAUGUCCAAAAUUUUUCCCAUUCAUUUUCAAUGGGGAAAAAAACAAAUCAACAAUCCCCAAAUCAACAGGAAAUGACCAAAUAUCAAUAGGAUGUGUACCACAAACUUCCCCGAUUACAUUUACGCUUAUGAGGGGUGCUGCCAUUGAUCGCCAUGGAUGUUCAAAAUUUCCAUUCAUUUCUAAUGGUAUUUACUUUGUUUAAUGCCAUUGACUGGCAUGUUUGUCCAUUCUAUUGAUAGCCCUGGGCGGGGAUAAGAUCUGUAUAGCCACACAGCAAAGACCCAGAGUAAUUUCUCCAGAAAUUGCAGUUUCUAGUUUGAGUUAGAUAUUCCAUCAGUGGUACUGAAAUGAAAAUUAACUUAACCAUGCCAAGUUGGAUACUUUUCUGCCUCUCUUGUAGUUGACACACCAUGGAUGACUUUUGGUCCACGAAGCUAUUUUCCAGUCCGCGUCCUCAUCGGUCUGCCUCGGAACUCGCACCGAGCGGCCAUCAGACCAGUCAAGAAAAAGUUCUGGUGACGUCCUCGCGUCCUGAUGGCUUUGAUAUAACUUGGUGUGAAAGCAACAUCCACAAAAACUGGGAGUGGGAUGACGUGGAGGCUCUUGAACGGGAAGAAUUUAACGCCAAUGCUGGAAACUGGAACGGGAACGUGGAUCGGGAUGUUCUUCAAGUGAGCGAGAGCAGCGGAGAAUCUCAAAAUUGGGAUUUCGGGGUUAGCGGAGAGAACCUCAGUCCUUCACUGCAAACUUCAUACGCUGCAGUCAGCAAGCCUCAGAAACUGGACUCGUUCCUUGAAGCUUUCUUGUCACACCCCAAGGGUUUCAGAAAGGGAGCGAUCACAACCGCCCCGUUUUUUAACCUGCCGUCAUCGGCGCUCAGUCCGCCUUUGACGCCUCACUCGCCGCCAGUGUCUUCCGGACGCUCGCCCUCGCAGGGAGGAGAUGGGAACGAAGCGUUGCCGUUCCUCCACUCCUCCGGUAUGAGGUGGAUGUUUCCCACUGGGUCAGAUGAGCCUAGCAACACAGGAAGGUCCUUAUCAUCCAAAUCGCGCAGAGUCCCGCGCCGUUCAUCCCACGGCAAAGCGCCAGGAAAGGUCGCUCUCAAAAUCUACACUGGAACUCCAUUUCCCAGCAUCCUUCACUCCGGAAAGGGAGAAAGAGCUCAUUAUACACCCCGGCCACUUCUCAACCCUGCUCGUAGUGGGACAGGGCUAUUUUCUUCAAUCCUGUCCACUCAGUCAAGAGAGGAGGAUGAGCGUGGGAAUGUGGCAUGGGUAAACAUCGGUAGUGACUUCCAGGCGGUCAUCCCCUCCUUGAACUCUGCCGAGAAUGAGGACGAACUGAACUCUGAGCAGUUUCUGUGGAAGUCGCCGGAAGAGCGAGGCCGGUCACACGAUCAAGUGGAACAGUUGCUGUUGAUGUGUUGCUCCAGUUGCGUGCCAGGCGGAGGUUGCAACAUUGAGUUGGCCCUGCACUCCCUGCAUGCCUGUAAGGCCAACAUCAUGGCCGCACUGAAGAUGCUCCUGUUUAAAUCCACAUCACCGACAGGAGAUUACCACUACUCCGGUAGCGAUGUUUGGACCCAUAAGGAAAAGAACGACUUCAACGGUGCUCUGUUUGAACAUGGAAAAAACUUUGCGCUCAUACAGAAAAAGGUGAAGACGAAGACGCAGAGCCAGUGUGUGGAGUUUUAUUACCUGACCACUAAACACCAAGCGAAGCGGAUAAAACGAGUCGAACCGGAGGACCGAGAUGAGACGGAACAACAUAAGAGUGUAACUUCCAGCUGUCCUCCAUCGGAAGAGGAGGUUCUCCCUGCUCCUCCGUCUUUCGCCUCUUUUCCUUGCCUCAAGUGUGGCAAAAUCUUCUCCAAAGUCAAGUCUCGCAACGCUCACAUGAAAAUCCACCGGAAGCUUUCCAAACCGUGGAGCGGCAGGAUCCUCCCUCAACACGUGGCUCCUUAUUUAGACACAUCACACGCGUAUUCGCAUCACAGCGGUUAUGUUUCCGUCGGUGAUGCUAGCAUGCAAGUACCAUCCUAUACCUACACCCACGCUAGCAGCCCAAACUUUCAAGUAGGCACCAUUGUUGACUUGAGUGGCUCAUACCAAAGAACACCUUCUUACGCACCAGUUUUUAACCAAUCAUGGCACUCUGUCAUGUAGUUAGAAAAUCUCAAGGUCUUUGGUCUUUGUUUUGUUUUAUUAUGUUUUUUUUUGUAAUUCAAUAAACAGUGCAAGGGUUCAGAAUGGAGUGACUGUUUAUAUUUGCGUCAUGGCUCCCGUUUUAAUCAGGGUUUAUGCGGGUCAUUAAACGUAUAAAAUCUUACCUACACUCACCGGCCACUUUAUGAGGUACACCUGUCCAACUGCUCGUUAACACUUAAUUUCUAAUCAGCCAAUCACAUGGCAGCAACUCAGUGCAUGUAGGCAUGUAGACAUGGUUUAAGACAAUCUCCUGCAGUUCAAACUGAGCAUCAGUAUGGGGAAGAAAGGUGAUUUGAGUGACUUUGAACGUGGCAUGGUUGUUGGUGCCAGAAGGGGUGGUCUGAGUAUUUCAGAAACUGCUGAUCUACUGGGAUUUUCACGCACGACCAUCUCUCGGGUUUACAGAGAAUGGUCCGAAAAAGAAAAAAUAUCCAGUGAGCGGCAGUUCUGUGGGCGGAAAUGCCUUGUUGAUGCCAGAGGUCAGAGGAGAAUGGCCAGACUGGUUUGAGCUGAUAGAAAGGCAACAGUGACUCAAAUACCAAGGUAGGCAGAAGAGCAUCUCUGAACGCACAGUACGUCAAACUCUGAGGCAGAUGGGCUACAGCAGCAGAAGACCACGCUGGGUGCCACUCCUUUCAGCUAAGAACAGGAAACUGAGGCUACAAUUUGCACAAGCUCAUCAAAAUUGGACAAUAGAAGAUUGGAAAAACGUUGCCUGGUCUGAUGAGUCUCGAUUUCUGUUGCGACAUUUGGAUGGUAGGGUCGGAAUUUGGCGUCAACAACAUGAAAGCAUGGAUCCAUCCUGCCUUGUAUCAACGGUUCAGGCUGGUGGUGGUGGUGUAAUGGUGUGGGGAAUAUUUUUUGGCACUCUUUGGGCCCCUUGGUACUAAUUGAGCAUCGUUGGAACGCCACAGCCCAUGUCCAUCCCUUUGACCACCAUGUACCCAACUUCUGAUGGCUACUUUUAGCAGGAUAAUGUGCCAUGUCAUAAAGCUGGAAUCAUCUCAGACUGGUUUCUUGAACAUGACAAUGAGUUCACUGUACUCAAAUGGCCUCCGCAGUCACCAGAUCUCAAUCCAAUAGAGCAUCUUUGGGAUGUGG